CUCAAGACCCCCACUGGGCUAUUGACUGCUCACCCUCCUUGGUUGUGUUAUCUCCAUAACUGUACACAAAUAUCCAACACAGCCCACCCCCACCGCUCCUUGAAAAUGUAACCAGGGUCCCAGCUUGGAGGGUAAAAGGAAAAGAAGUAUGAUGGUCAAGCCUCCACAGAGAAAGAAACGUGAUUGUGGAAACCAAUCCAAACUAAAGUCUCGCUUAAGUGUCUCAAUCCCUUUGAGGAUGUCCAGUUACAUAUUCAAGAGGCCAGUUACCAGAAUCACAUCUCAUCGUGGCAAUGAGGUCAGAUGCCAUCACUGGGAGGAAACUCUGGACAAGCCCCAACAGGUGUACUGGCAGAAGAGGCUGCAAGGUCUCCAGGCCUGCAGCAGCACAGGGGAGCCAUUAAGCACUUUGGAUCUUACGAAAAUCUUACAAAAACUUGCACCUACAUGCACAGGUGACUAUCUGCCAGGUGUUCUUGCAGGGGGUCUGAACUCUAGCCCCAUACCCACCCCUGCCGGGUCUUCAGAUUUGGCAAAGUUGAUUCCAGGAGCUGGCCUGACUAUCCCACAGCUCCUGUGCAAACAAUUUCUGGUGACUGAGGAAGAUAUCAGGAAACAGGACAGGAAAGUGAAGACAGCAAGACAAAGGUUGGCCAUGGCACUGGCUGUAGACAGGUUCGCUAAAGAGACAGAGAAUAUGGGGGACCAAGAAAGACAUUCCAAAAAACACCACGAAAAGAAAGAGAAGCUGGUGCAGAUGAAAUGCAGCACAGCACUUUAUUAAUGCCUCUUUGCAGUGUCCAUGUUGUCUUCGUGUUCCAAGCCCUUGACUUAUUAAUAUGCACCGGUAAUUUUCUUGUAUUAAAUUAUUUUGUGUGACAUAGACAAUCGAGACAGGGAUCUUUUUGAGCUGCAAGAUUGGGCUUCAUGCGAGAAAGGAGAUCUUUCUUUUCCAUGUUGUACUCUUAUCUUCCCUUACUUUGUAUAUUGUUUGUGUUGUAAAGUCAACAGAGAGUAAUCAAAGCCUUGGGAUUAUUUAGUGUUUGCCCUCACAGUCGGUAAAAUAGGCCUUGUCGAAGCGGACUGUUCUUUUUGUGUUAUAUUCCAGCAGAUCCCAACAAAAUAUUUCUUUAAAGCUGUUCUAUCUAUGCUCUCAAAGAAGAUAUCUGUAGGUCUCUAUUUUCUGUUCUUCGUCACAUGUUAAUUCAGAGUUCAAUACAAGGAAAUACCAGACUUUUCACUUUUAAAAAACUAUCUGUGUGUUGGAAAUUCGAUUCAUGAAAACUGAUGUGCCAUUUUGGGGAUCAUGAUGUCAAGAGAGACUGUUUUCAGCUUCAUUAAUCUAUCACUGAGCCAUUGCCCAUUGGAAUUUAAUGGUCAAUGCGCUUGAGCAACCUGUGGUAAUAUUCAAAUCCUUUUCAUCAUUAGUACUUUGGUGUCAUGGAUUCAUCAGUUUCUCAGAAUGAGUUAUUAAAAAAUAAUAUUUGAGGUAUUUCUAUCUUCCCUAAAAAGGAAUUAUUAUAAAACGGAAUCUUCUCUAUUCUUCCAUAUGAUAUGCAUCUGGAAUUUUAGAAUGUGUUUUAUCAUCUUGUUUUAAAACUAAUUUGAUUUCGAUACACUGAAUUUCUUCUUUUCCUCAUGAGUCCUGUUAUGUUUUUCUGGGUUCACAUCUCUGCUUCCUGAUGUACAUCCUUUUACUGGUUCUUUGACUGAAGGCCUGUGGAGGUCAACAUUGAGUCUGUCCAUAUUUUAGAGAGUGUUUUUAUCUUUUUCUUUGACAGACAGUGUGGGUGAGGUGUUUAAUUUAGGUUCUUAGGAAUUCUUUUCCUUCCUUGUUAUUUAGUAUUUCUGAGCCUCCAUAUCAUUAGCUAUAAAAUGG